AUGUAUGGAAUGUUUUAUAAUGCAGUGACCUAUGAUGAUGUGCAUGUUGACUUCACUUGGGAAGAAUGGAUUUUGCUGGAUCCUUCCCAGAAGAAUCUCUACAAAGAUGUGAUGCUGGAGACCUACAGGAACCUCACUACCAUAGGAUACAUUUGGGAAGACCAUAAUACUGAAGAGCAUUUUCAAAGCUCUAGAAGACAUGAAAGACAUGAAAGAAGCCAAACUGGAGAGAAACCUUCUGUAUAUACUCAAUGUGAUAAAGACUUUGCAUAUGAUAGUCAUCUUCAAAGGCAUAAAAAAUCACAUACUGGAGAGAAACACUAUCAAUGCAAUGAGUGUGGUAAAGCCUUUAGUUCUCUUCAAAUUCAUAACAGAACACAUACUGGAGAGAAGCCCUAUGAAUGCAAUCAGUGUGGUAAAGCCUUUGCUUAUCAUAGUAAUCUUCAAGUACAUAAAAGAACACAUACUGGAGAGAAACCCUAUGAAUGCAAUCAGUGUGGUAAAACCUUUGCUCAUAACAAUACUCUUCAAUUGCAUAAAAGAACACAUACUGGAGAGAAA